AUGUCCUUCUCUCGGUCCUUGCCCCGGACCGUCGUCCGCUCCUACGGAACGGUCCAAGGCCCUCCCAGUGCUGCUACACUCGCCAGCCGGAUCCCCAGUGCCUUGGCCGAGGCCGUGACAGCCACUGCCCCGCGCACCAGCUGGACCAAGGAAGAAGUCGCCCAGGUGUACAACACGCCCUUGAACCAAUUGACAUAUGCAUCGCAAGCCGUCCACCGACGCUUCCACGACCCAUCCGCCAUCCAGAUGUGCACCCUGAUGAAUAUCAAGACGGGCGGGUGCAGUGAAGACUGCUCGUAUUGCGCCCAGUCCUCCCGGCACAACACCGGGCUGAAGGCCACCAAAAUGAGCCCUGUCGACGAAGUCCUCGAGAAAGCCCGCAACGCCAAAGCCAACGGGAGUACUCGUUUCUGCAUGGGCGCCGCCUGGCGCGACAUGCGUGGCCGCAAGACCAGUCUUAAGAAUGUCAAGGCCAUGGUUUCCGGCAUCCGCGACAUGAACAUGGAGGUCUGCGUGACCCUCGGCAUGAUCGACCAGAACCAGGCCCAGGAGCUGAAGGAGGCCGGCCUGACUGCGUAUAACCACAAUCUUGACACCUCGCGCGAAUUCUAUCCCAAUGUCAUCACUACUCGGUCAUAUGACGAGCGUCUCAAGACCCUCGACCAUGUCCGUGAUGCUGGUAUUAAUGUCUGCUCUGGCGGUAUCCUGGGUCUUGGCGAGUCCGACACCGACCGCAUUGGUCUACUGCACACUAUGUCCUCGCUGCCCAAGCACCCGGAAUCGUUCCCUGUCAAUGCGCUGGUUCCUAUCCCCGGUACCCCGCUCGGCGACCGGAAGAUGAUUCCCUUUGACCGGUUGUUGCGGACUGUUGCCACCGCGCGAGUCGUGAUGCCCGGUACAAUUGUUCGAUUGGCGGCCGGUCGCAUCGCUCUUAGCGAGGAGCAGCAGGUGGCUUGUUUCCAGGCGGGUGCGAAUGCAGUCUUCACGGGUGAGAAGAUGUUGACGACCGACUGCAAUGGCUGGGAUGAGGACCGCGUGAUGUUUGAGAAGUGGGGAUACUACCCCAUGAAGAGCUUUGAGAAGCCCGAGCCUAAGCAGGCGCAGACGGCCGUGCCUCCGAUUGCCGAAGCGGAAACUGCUGCGCCGGUCGCAGCUCACUCUUAG